AUGAGUCGGAAUUUCAAGAGCCCACAUCAGCGGCCUGCGGCCCCCCUCUGCGUUAAAGGGGUAUUUUCGGGGGCCCUGGCGAACCAGACAGUUCACGUAUCCAGCAGGCAACAGCAGCCUGACUGUUCUGGAGCUGUUCGUGCUCCGCGUCUGGCGCCUGGGGUACUUGGGGGCUGCAGAGCUGGGCAACCGCAGGACGGCAGCAGCAGCAGCAGCAACAGCAGCAGUAGCAAGGGAAGCUGCAACAGCACUGCGCCGUGUACCAGCAACAUCACAGAAACCACCGCUCGCAGCAACACGAGCAGCUCUUUAGGCCCUAGGGGCAUCCUAGAUAGAAGGGGACGCCAGGCCCCCCAGAGAAGGGGCUCUCAGCCCGCCUGGGUUUCUGGCUUUGGAUGCUUCAGUUCAAACCGGCGCUUUGUGGGAAUAUCGGAAGACCCCACGCACAGCAACGCCAUCAGCAUCCAGAACAAUAGCAGCAGCAACAGAGUAGUUUCACAGCAAUCGCAGCCAACUCGUAGUAGCAGACCAGAAGGCUCUCAAGCACCCACAGGCCCCCAUGGAAAUGGCGACACUUCGCAGCGUUCCCUAACUGAAGAACCGACUCAUCAAGGUGGCAGGGCCUACCCCUUCCGCCGCAGCUCUCCUGCGAGUUUAUGGAUACGGGAGUCAGGCAGAGGCGACAUUGCUGCAGCUGCUGCAGCUGCAGCGGCUGCUGCAAGAGGCGUCGCUAGCACUGCAGCCGCUGCACCGGCUGCAGUGCCAGACACGCCUGUUGCUGGGCAUACGCUUGAAUUGCUAGCAAUCAGAGCAUCUAGUGUAGCUGCAACACAGCAAGGAGAUGAUGUAUCCAACCAGUUGCUUCGGAACGCGCCAAGAGGCACAACUGAGCAACUAGGACUUACAGGCGGCCGGCGCAGAAAGGCAGAGAGCCUUGAAGCCUCACUGCAACCGCUGUGGAGAGAAGGAGAACCCAAACAGGACGAUGCACGACAGAUCGUUUGUCGUUUUAAAGCACCCACCGAAGCGUGCAGCAAGCGGGAACAUGCAGUUGCGCCUGAGGCUCGCUCUCGUCUCUCUCCUUCGGACGAGACCUUCAAGCAUCAACUAACCGGACACCGCUUUCCUGAGACCACAGGUGCUAAUCGUAGUAGCAAUACCAGCAGCAACAGCGGCAGCAGCAGUUGCUGCGGCGACAGCAGCAAUAGCAGUGCCUGCAUUCCAAAGUUCAAGGGGGAUGAUUGUGGAGACAGUAAAACUACCACAGGCAGCGUGAGCAACAGCACCAGCGCCCAACGCAGUAGCAGUUUUACUGUUUCAGGUACUACCUACAAGUUGCCAGUCCUCGAUAGAGUGCACGAUCUCUGCACUUCCUCCUUAGUCCACCGUGAACAGCUCGUAACAAGAGGAGGACGUGCCGAGGGCGGGCAUUUGUUAAAAGCUGUGGAUGCCCCUCCAGAAACGCAUUCUGCAGAGGCCCAUAAGCCAUGUCCUUCCAUAAACGAAAUCAGACAAGACCAGCCUGAGGCCACCGGAGCCCCAGGGGCCCCUGACGCCAGUGAAGCCUCUCUCGUUGCUGGGGCGUCCUGCAGGCAACAGCAGCCUGUGGAGCAGAGCAGACGCAGCAUCAGUUCGAGUCCCCGCAACAGUAACGGCGCCGGCCAGUGCCGGAUGCAUAGUAGUAGCAGCAGCAGCAGCAACAGCAAUAUCAGUAGCAGCAGCAGUAGCAGUAGCAGUAGCAGCAGUAACAGCAGUAACAGCAAGUGCGAAGAAACCAACGGGCAUCGACAUGACAGGCCCGGAGGUGGGACAGUCUGUGCUAGCGAAACCCAGGUCUGCAGCGGCGCGAGUAACCACGACAGCAGCCAUAACAAUAACAACAACGCCAGCGACAACAGCAGCGGCACCAAUAACAUCUCCAACCUCAACAACGCGAGCAGCAGCCUGGCGUCCCAAGACACGCAAAAAAUGUUUAACAGUUCAUAUGUCGGAAACCCUGGAGAGGUCCCCAACGCAUCAGACCAAACAAGCAACUUGCGAGCCGCCGAAUCAGCAGCAGAUACAGCAGCAAGAAACCAAGACAGACCACGAGGGAGCCGCAUUUCAGGGCGCCCUCACCAGAGCGCAUCAGCCUACUUUGGAGGCUGGCGAAGGAUGCAAAACUCCAGAGGGAGGGGUGGCCUCCGAAGGGCCCCUGCUUCGGGGGUUGCAGCUGUAAGGGUUUUGUCUGCACUUGGUGGGGUCUCCAGACAGGACGCAACCAAAGACGACGGCGCCGAGUCCCCUGUGAGCAGCCCAGGCAACAGUGACAACGAACGCUCUCUCAAGAAUAUUUCUGCUGACAUCACUUGGUUGUAUUCUGUGACGGGAAUCCGCGACUCGUCGGAGGCGAACUUGGUUGACACGAUAGAGUUGAUAAUGGACAGGCCUUUGGGCCCCAGAACCCUGGGAGCUUUGGGGACAUUUGGCUGCCUACGACAGCUGCGACUGGUGCAGCAGCAGCUCACAUCCAUUGACUUCGUUGGAGUUUGCAAAAACCUGCAGCUGCUACACCUCCCCGAGAACCAAAUCGAGCGCCUUGAAGGAAUCCAGAACUGCAAGUUUCUAGAAGAGGUGGACCUGACUGGCAACCGUAUCGCUGACUUGGGCGUCCUCGCAGCUCCUCCACUUUCGCAGAAAGGGGUCACUCCAAGGGCCCAUAAGGGGGCACCUCAGGGGGUCCCUCAGGAGGGAGCGCCCGAAGCUGCUGCGCAGGGUCCUCUAGAUGCACUGCAGCGGCUGCACACCCUUCGACUGAACAGCAACCGACUGCGCAGCCUCAGGGGCGUUGAGGUCCUCACGAACUUGCGGGUGUUGGAGGUGGCCGACAACGAGUUGACGCAUGUGGGUGCCGCCCUCAGCAAUAACAAGAAACUUGAACAAAUUAACGUUGCUGCGAAUCACAUUUGGUCUUUGCACGAAGUAACCCUGCUGUCUCAGUUACCCCGCCUGGAGUCUCUUUUGUUUUCUGACGUUCAUUUUCUGUCGAAGCAAAAUCCCAUUUGCAGACUUAAAAACCACGAAAUGUUCGCCCUUUACCAUAUACCAAUGCUCAAGGCUCUAAACCAAACGGUCCUUGACGCCGGCGACUCGGCUUUUGUUGCUGCAACAUACCAGCGGAAAAGGCUUUAUUAUUUACUGGAACAACAGAAAACGAGACGAGAAGCAAGAGAUGCAGUCAAGGAGUUAGAUAGGCUCCAUGGACAGUUCAGAGUGGCUAUCAAGGAUAACAGAAAAUUCGCUGACUUGGUGGUGGCUCGCGGGGAGCUCUGUGGGGGUGCAUCCUUCUUUCGAUGGCUUGCGGCUGAAGUGCGGAAACGGAGAGAGGCAAUUCUUAGCACUCGCAAGAAAGAGUUGGAGCGAUUCGGAAAUAUACAUCUUGAGCUGGGGGAUCCCAGUAAGACAUGGUAUCGGCGAGCUGCCGACUGUUUGUUUCGAUCCUUUUACGCCCCUGAUUUCUCGGAUUUCGGAUUUAGAGGUAUAGAAAUUAAAAGUGUCCACCGAAUCGUCAACAGGGAGGCUGAGGCGGCUUUCGAGUUGCUCAGGAACGGCUGCGCUGUGGAGAGCACAGGCGACUGGGUGCUCUGCGGCGCCAACCCCCACCACCCAUGCAGCCUGCUUAGGCAGUGCACUGCAGGCAUGUAUGGGGACUUAUUCUCCCACCAAAAUGGGCUCGAGCGCUCUCCUCUUAUAGUCGCGUCAAACAGCCUAGCUGAGGCUGACCUGCCCCGUCUCCAUUCCUUGGCUUCGAUUGAAUCUUUCCAGGCCAUUGCGAAACAAACGCUUGAGUUGGCCAAGGCGAAUGCAGAGUCUGCUAAAGACAGUCGUCAUUCUGGUGUGCCUACUGCGAGGACUGAAGGCACCACCACAAGCGAGGAAGGAGCGGCGCCGCUCAACAACUCUGUUGUGCAACAAGCGGUUAAGGAUGGACGGCUUUCGCUGCCUGAUGGGGAAGUGUUGCUCUGUCGGUGUCUCCUUCACGAGUGCUUGCCAGACAUCCCUGUAGGGUAUACACAACAGGAAAUUCCAAGCAUGAUGGAACGAGGGCCCUCUAGAGGAAUUAUCAGCAAAGCAGAGGAACAAUACAAAUGUGGGAACCAGGCUUCGUCAAAUCCCUGUGCGUUGGCUGUCAUCGGCCCUUCCAGCGUAUACAAGCGAAGGAUUUCGAACCCACAGAUAAAAACAUGGUGGUUUUUCGAGAAUCACUACCUCGUUCCCCAUUUCCUCGUUCGCUUUGCAUAUUCAAGAGAUCCCUCAAAUCCCGGUUCUUCAGCACCUGUCAACUCCUGUAGCAGGACAACACCUGCGCAGCCGGUUCCGAAAACAGUUCCGGAUAAAGUAGCAGGUGCUGCUGCUGCUGCUGCAACUGGAGUCUCACCAGAGGCGGCGAGCGCAGCGGCAGCCCAGCAGGCUACGGAAGAGACAGAAGGACCCCAAGGGACGAAGUCGGCAGCACAAGCACAAAAACUCGAUGAGGCUCUCCCGACCCCUAGUGCAGCCCCAGCAACGUACGCUUCAAGCAAUUCAGGAAGCGCUCAUCAGUACAGUUUAAAUAAUGCAGGCCAAGACCCGCGCAGCGCUUCACCCUUCGUAGACCUCAUCAGCAUGGCUAAACACCUUUUGUCUAUUCACACAAGCGAACUGACGAAAGGCGCAAAAGCCCAACAGCCAUGCGAAGCAGACAGUAACUGCGAGGAGGUUUCUGGGGUAUCUGGGGAGCUAGACCGGACGAAGCCCAUCAAGUCCUGUUCCGGCAUAUCAACAGUAAAUGGUGUUGUUUUCUGCGAAAGUCACUUGCAGCAGGUCCUGCUACAGACCUUUGGAACAGCGCCCCACCUCUAUACCCUCGGAUCCCUAGGGAGGCAGCAGGAGGCACCUCAGGAGCCUGCAGCAGUCGUCUGGAGAGCAGGUGACUGCAAGGCGCAGCUUGACUGCAACGGAGACGUUCUCUCUUUGAGCCUUAGCAGCAACGCGCAUCUCAUUGCAUUAAGCCGAGGGGUCUUACUAAGUUUUCAGAGGCUUAGGGUUCUGUUGCUCCCGCUUAACGGUCUGCGUAACUUUGAUGCCCCUGGCGAGUCUCGCACAGCAUCAGACGCUCCGGGUUCCCCGAGGGUCACUGCUUCAGGGCCCCAAAAUGAAACCAGCAGGAUAGAGCUGCCGCAGCUGCGGGUACUGGAUUUGAGCUUCAAUGAGCUCUGCACCCUCGACGGCUUCUGGGGCACCCCGCGUCUGCAGCAGCUGUGCCUUGUUGCUAAUCACCUGCUGCUCUUGUCUGAUCUUGCGCCCGUCGGGACCGCUGCUCCCCAACUGCGGCAGCUGUGGCUUGCGGGGAAUCCUUUACAGAUGGGGUCGCACAGUUCCCAGCAACUCCAGCAGCUGCUUCCCGCAUUGGAGUUGCUCGAUGGUCGGCCGCUGCAGACAACACCGGGAGAUCCUCUGACUUGCCUUUUUUUGCAGGGUCUGCUGGGAUUGCGACUCCUUGAAGAGCUACUCCUCGACGGCAACAACAUAGAAAGCCUUGAAGGCAUUGAGUCUCUCUGCCAUUUGGAGUGCCUCGACAUUUCUCACAACUGCAUCGUCUCGUUUCCCUCCGGCAUGCAACAGCUGAAGCGGCUAGUCUUCCUCUGCGCUGAAAGCAACAAACUCCAACAACUGGAGCAUCUGGAAGGCCUCCCGGCGCUUACACAGUCAUUAAUGCAUCUCUCUCGGUGUCCAUCCCUCCGUGUGCUUGAUUUGCGCAACACGCCUUUAAGCAUGGAAGCAGAAUACCGUUCUUACUCCCUUUACCUCCUUCCCUGUUUAAAAAUUUUGGAUGGAGUUGAGCCAAGGCAAGAAGAAAAAGAAGAGAUACAGCAUGUCUUUGCGGGGAGGCUCACGAGAGAGCUGCUGGAACAGAUUAUAGGGAAGCAACUACCGUGUCUUGAGGGGUCAGUUGAUUUGUCGGGUCAUCGCCUUCGCCGUGUUUCCGACGUUAUAACUGAGGAGAAUUUUCCAUUUUUGCUGAGCAUUAAUCUAAACCAAAACAAAAUCACGAGUCUGGCUUCUUUGGGAACCCUGCCCCUUUUGAGAGAGUUGUCGGUAGCAAACAACAAAAUUGACCUCGCAGCGGGGGGCUUAGGUGGGGUUGACGGGCCAGGACUGAUCUCGUUGCCACUGUUAGAGAGGUGCUCGAUCUCAGUGACAAUCGAAUCAGACGAAUCGAUUCGGAGGCAUUCCAGGGUGCUGCUGAGACUCUGCGCUGUUUGGUCCCUGUCCGGCUUUCCAUUUCUACCCAAUCUGGAGGAACUGCGAAUAGCUCAGAAUAGGAUACCGGACUUCACGCAGACAGAAUAUCUUGUUCAACUGCCCAAGCUUAAGCAAAUAGGGUUUCAGCAGAACCCUGCCUGUCAACGCCGUCAAUGGCGUUCGAUCCUAGCUGAGCAGCUCCCCUAUCUAGAGGCAAUAGAUGGAGAGAUUAUUUCACUUGAAGAGGUCCAAAGGAAGCUACCUGUUGGCAUCCCAGAAGGGCUUCCUAUUCCUGAAGACCAUGGGCAGCCACUCGGCGAAGCAACGAAUGACGAGACGGAUACAGCAGUGGGGACAACCCACCAGCAAUCAACCCCCGACUACCAAAUCCUACAGCAGCACCAGCAGCUACUGCUUUGCUAUUCGGCCAAGAUGUCGAAGGGCCGACCAGUAGUGCAGCCGAAACCUGAAGGCACCGUUGUAGCAGCAAUCCCAAAAAGCAAGCCGCCAGCAGCGGUACCAGAGUUAGUGGCGCUUAAUCUUGGUGUUGUGGGAGUGGGUGCUCCUGGUAUCUCGCCCAGUAAUGGUGCUGCAUCAUUUCUGUCUCGUCGCGAACCUCCGUCAGAGUCCUCAGGUCUGCAAACACUCGGGGUUCAGAAAGGCCUCAGAGCAGCGAGCAGAUAUCUUCUGAAGGUCAACCGCUGUGGAGCCAGCGACGACCGUCAAAUGCCUCUUCACGGUCCUGGCUGGACCAAAGGGGAGCCAUGCAGUGGUGUUGACCGAUACACUAGAAGCAGCAGUACUGACGUCUGUGGUAUUAUCCCGAGCUGGUGCCCCCCAGCUCCUCCCUUCUUGUCCACUCUCCAGCAGCAAGAGGCAUUAGACCCUUCCAACGAAACAAGGCCCCAGCGUGGGUUUGAAAUAUCCUACUUGGGGCCAUCAAUGUCGAACAGUAGCAGUGCAGAUUGGAAAGCGAAAAAGGGUGCAGUGAAGCUGAUACAGGCAGUAUGGAACUUUACGUAG